CCUAUAAAUAAGUUUUUUCUCCAUAGGGUCAAAUAUGCUCUUAGUUUUUGAGUUUUUGCACAUUCAUGAAGUGUUCGUGUAGUUUGUUCUUGUGAAUUUUUAUAGAUGUCCAAGACACGUUUAAAACAUCAGUGUAAUUUUUGUACUAGAGCAUAGGCUACUGAAGAUCACAAGAAAAUAUUAAGAUGACAAAAUUUAUAUCGGGAAUGGUAUAUCUACAACAUCAAAAAUACAACUUAUAAGUUAUACUGUUAAUGUGAAUGUGCUGAUUUUGCUUGGAAUAUAAAAAUAUAAGCAGAAUGUCACAAAAAACCCACAAGAAAAAUGCCUCAAGCUAUAGUGGUAACAAUUUAGAUUUUUCUGUUGUUCAAGUUGGAAGAUCUCCAUCUUAUACUGGAAAUCUUACUGGAACUCCAAGAAAAGUGAAGGAUAGUUGUGCUGAUAUAUACAAUCUCAUUCAGAAAUGGAAUUGUUUAAAUUGUACAGGAACAGAAAUUCUAAAAAAGAUUGCAAACUCAAAAAUACAGUUUAUUGAAGGUGAAAGGUAUAUAGAUACCCACAAUACAUAUGUAACCAGUUCUGAAGGAGCUGGAGAUUUUCCUGUUGGCCUCGAAGACCUCUGUGACCUUUUACUACAAACACACCAACAAAUGAAGGAGACUGUCUCCAAACUAGAAAAGAUUACUCGUCAGUUGGAAAAUUUAUGUAGGUUAACAGAAAUGCAGAAGAGUACACAUAAAAAUGUUUCUGAAGAAGUAAAUAAAGAUCCAGAAAUAAUAGAUGCUCCACUCUUUCUAACAUGGAGCAUGAGAAGCUUUUAUCAAAAUGCUCAAGAUUUACUUCGUCAGUACCAGAAAGAACUGAAAGUCAAAAGGUGUGUUGUAGAAGAGGUAGCACACUUGCAUGAACGAGACGCUUUAAUGUUCUUUGUGUCAUCUUGGACCUAUCAACCAUACAUCGAGGACAGCAGUCAACUGAUAGUAGAGAGCAUGGUAGUCGAGACAGGACUAAGAUGAUGUGUUGUAAAGAUUAUUGAUGUAUGGUUUGUGAUGUAUUUUACAUAUUAAUAUCUUAUGUAUGUGUUUGUUUAAAGAACAUACCGAUCUGCAUAUGAAAAAGGUGUAAAGAUGAUAAAAUUUAACAUGAGAUCAUUUCAGUUGUUAAAUUUUUCAAAAGUUUGUUUAGCCAUUUAUGUAAUUCAUAAUACAUAUUAUUAAUAAUGGGUUUUUCUUAGAAAUUCCAACAGGAGUGCAGCAAUCAUGAUUUUCAUUGUCAUUAAUAGACAUGUAACAUAUUCAUGAGCAACAUUUGAUUACAUAAAUAAGAUAAUAUGCAGGUUUCAUUCUCAUGACUAGACUUGUGUAACAUGUUCAUGAUUAAACUUGUUUUUGACAUUCCUGUACAACACUUGAUUGUACACAUCUAUAAGACAAUAUACCGGUUUCAUUCCCAUGAAUAGACUUGUGUAACAUGUUCCUGAAUAAACUUGUUUGAGAUAUUCAU